GGUGAUGCAGUGAGUCUGUUGUGUAGACUGGAAACCAAAGUAAGGUAAACGGGGGAGGGUCGGCUACGGGGGGGCUUUCAGUGAGUUACAAUGCGUCUUUCAGGGUGUUGAACGGUCUCGGUAAACGAUGAGCCAACUUUGCCGGUCAGCUCGAAGCGGAAUGAGCCACUCUUGAACCCCGAAAACAAGUCCUUCCUGGCGGGGGAGAGCGAGAAUGCAGAAGCCGAGAGCCCUGCUCGCUGUUGUCGGCUUGACUGGGAAAUGGUAGCGUACUGUAGGAACCGCACUUGGAAGGAACAUGGUCGAGAGGAGCAGCAAAUUCUUGUUGAUCGUCGUCGGAUCCGUGUGUUUUAUGCUGAUUCUCUAUCAGUACGUGGCUCCCGGGGUGAUCAAUUUCGGCUCCCCGCACGGUUAUUUCACGGAGGAAGACGAGGGGGACAUCUUCCCCACUCCGGACCCCCACUACGUUAAGAAAUACUACUUCCCCGUCAGAGACCUAGAGAGGACGAUUGAUUUCCAAAUCAAAGGGGAGGACGUGAUCGUGUUUUUGCACAUCCAGAAGACCGGGGGGACUACCUUCGGCAGGCACCUGGUCCAGAAUGUACGUCUGGAGGUCCCCUGCGACUGCAGACCGGGCCAGAAGAAGUGUACCUGCUACCGGCCGAACCGCAAGGAGACCUGGCUCUUCUCCCGGUUCUCCACCGGCUGGAGCUGCGGCUUGCACGCCGACUGGACCGAGCUCACCAACUGUGUGCCAGGGGUCCUCAACAAGAAGGAGAACAAACAAAAAAAUCUAAGGAAGUUCUACUACAUCACUCUGCUAAGGGACCCGGUGUCUCGAUACCUCAGCGAGUGGCGGCACGUGCAGCGGGGAGCCACGUGGAAAACCUCCCUGCACAUGUGCGAUGGACGGACCCCUACGCCCGAGGAGCUGCCCUCGUGCUACGAGGGCUCCGACUGGUCAGGGUGCACCCUGCAGCAGUUCAUGGACUGCCCUUACAACCUGGCCAACAACAGACAGGUUCGUAUGUUGGCGGACCUGAGCCUCGUCGGCUGCUACAACAUGUCCACGGUUCCAGAGAAGAAAAGGGCCCAGCUCCUCCUGGAGUCCGCCAAGAAGAACCUUCGAGACAUGGCCUUCUUUGGUCUGACAGAGUACCAGAGGAAAACCCAGUUCCUGUUUGAACGAACCUUCAGGUUGCGCUUCAUCAGGCCUUUCAUGCAGUACAACAGCACCCGAGCUGCGGGGGUGGACUUGGACAACGCUACGGUCCAGCGUAUAGAGGAGCUGAAUGAGCUGGACAUGGAGCUGUACGACUACGCCAGGGAUCUGUUCCAGCAGCGCUACCAGUACACCAGGCAGCAGGAGAGGCGGCAGCAGCGCAUUAAGAACCACUUGCAGCAGAGCCACCAGGGCCUGGGCCUGGGCGUCAACCUGUGGCCCUCCCAUGGCCGGCAGAGCUCGGUGUUGACACUGGAGGACGGAGAAGGGGAGAGGGAGGAGCGGGAGGAGGGUGAGGAGGGAGGCAGAACGGAGGAGGCGGGCAGCAGGCUUCCCACUGAGGACUACAUGAACCAGAUCAUCAACCGCUGGUAGCAGCAGAAUGAGAAAUAACACACAGACGUGCAUCUGUAAUGUGAAAAGUACACAAACACACACACACACACACACACACACACACACACACACACACACACACACACACACACACACACACACACACACACACACAGAGAGAGAGUGGCGCCUGCAUCAACAGACCCAAAUGACUGACAGGAUGACUUGACUGGAGAGCGGGCUGCGUGAAUGAGAGUCACAGUGGUUGUUAUGGAGACCUGGGCUUGGUCGAUUGCAUCAGCUCUCAUUAUUGAGGUUUGCCCAGUUGUUAUUAGCACCCGCUUGCCCUCUCCCCCCUCUGAGGUUCUCUGUCUCUCCUGUCAUCAUUACUGACUGAGCAGAAGAGAGAUAUUUUUAAGACUUGCUGAUAACAGAGUAUCAUCCAUCUCUCCCGCCUCCCCUCCUCCUCCUUCUACUCUAUUCCUUUCGUUCUCUGUGGCCUCAUAUGGAGCAUGAGAAAAAAAAAUUAAGUCUGUGAAUUCCCGCUAACUCUUGCUAAAGGAGCAGUCUACUUCCUGGAUGCUCCAAUUUUCAAAAGAACUGGGAAAGCUAUAAAAGUGUGCUAAUGGCUGAGCUGAACAAAGGAAACGGUGGGAGUACAUGAGAGACUGAACUCGAAAGAAGUGAAGAAAAGUUGGACUGAGUUGUGUAAUAAAGCUUUCUGCUUAAAAAAAAAAGAAAAAAAAUCAGCCAUUUCACCCAUGAACCCGCUUUGGUCAUGAAAUAAUGACAUUUCAUUCUCAUUUUAGGAUGAUUCAUUUAUAUUUCCUUUUUGUUUAUGCUUUUUUUAAAGCAAAAUUGUAAUAACACUGAGACCAAUGUUGCUGCCUAAAGAAAAGUGAUUCCUUUAUUUCUUUAUUUUUAUUGGUUUUAUAAGUCAAAGCUAAUGGAUCGGAUUGAUGUACAAUGGACCAUAGCCAUUACUGAA